GAUGGAUUACCCCUCCCUUUCUCUCUCUCUCUCUCUCGCUCUCUCAUCCUCCACGCAAACCUCUCUUUUCAAAGUGUCUGACACUUAAGUGUGCUGUUUUUGCUUUUUGGCUAGAUCCAUUUUAUCGAUCUUUAAUCUUUAGUCUUUAAUAACCCAUGUCAACUGAAACUAUUCCAUUAGGAUACUCAAAGCUCUGUAAAUUCAAGAGCUUUUUUCUUUCAAGAAAAGAACAAAACUUGGGUCCUUCUCCUUCUCCUUCUCCUUCUCCUUCCCACCUAACCCAUUCUCACACUCCGCAUUCUCCUUGCUUCACUCAUACUAUUUGUGGGUCUCCUCCUCCUGUGAUCUGAAGCCACUACCCAUGUGUCUGUUCUCCAAAUUUGACUUGUUUUCUAUUCAAUUUUGCUUUCUUAUUUGGAAUGGUUGGGUGAGUGAUUAAAGAUCUUGAGGAUUGAUUUGAACUCUCUUUUGGAGGGAGAUGGAGAUGCUUCUGAUUCUCAUGAUUGUCUGUGCUGUAUCAGUUUGUGGAUCUGCAGGAUUUGAUAUUUCUUCACUUGCUUCGGUUUCUGUGCUUCUCCAUUUUAAUCUUGAAACACCCGACCUCAGCUCUCAUGGAACCACUAGGCCAAGGCAUAUGUUCCUGCAAAAUGACUCCAUUAUCUCUUCUGCGUCGACUUCUCCGAGCUUUGCCUUGAAAGGACAUGGAAUUCUAGCACCACCACCAAUCAAAGCAUUCCACAGCUUCUCACCUAUGUACACUUCUCCUACUAAAGCCCCUAAUCAUAACCAUGCCACGAGGCACUCUAAUGAAGCAUUUGCCCCUUCUGCGUCACCUUUCAAACAUCCUGCAAAAAGGUCGCCAUCUUCGCCUUCAUCCUCAUAUCAUAAGCAUCAUCACACAAAGAACAGAAUCAUCAACUUCGCCCCUUCACCGACUUAUAGCCCCCAAGGCUCUUCAAUUGCCCCUAUACAUUCUCCCAUUCCGUCGACAACAACGUGGAGUUCUGCACAUGCUCCAUCACCAGCAAUCGUAUCAAGACAAUUUUUAAUGCCCAUUCCUCCGCCCACAUCAUCUCCAUCGAGCUCUUCUGCUAAAAAGAAGGCAACUCUACCAUCCUCACCACCUUUGGCACUACCGCCGCCUCCUCCUAACGAAGAUUGUACAACAGUGAUAUGCAUAGAACCGUUUACAUAUACACCUCCCGGAUCACCCUGUGGUUGUGUGAGGCCUAUUGAAGUCAGACUGCGCGUUAAUGUUGCCCUGUACACGUUCUUCCCUUUGGUCUCGGAACUAGCCAAGGAAAUUGCAGCCAGUGUUUCACUCAACCAAAGUCAAGUUCGAAUUAUGGGAGCAAAUGCAGCCAGUCAGCAGCUAGAGAAAACCAUUGUCCUCAUCAACUUGGUACCAUCGAGAGAAAAUUUUAAUAAAUCUUCUGCAUUCUCGAUCUACAAGAAGUUCUGGCACAAACAGGUUCUCAUAAAGACUUCGCUCUUUGGUGCCUAUGAAGUGGUAUACGUUCAGUAUCCAGGUCUUCCUCCUUCUCCACCUUCGAUGCCAUCAAGCACUGGUUCUAUAGAUGAUCAGCCAUAUUCUGGCCGUGGCAAUGGUGGGACUACAAUAAAACCUAUUGGUGUUGAUGUUCCGAGGAAAAAGAAUAAUGAGACUCAUGGAAGCAUGAUCGCUAUAGUUGUUCUAUCAUCUGUCACAGCUUUUGUUGUAUGCAUGGCAGUUAUUUGGCUUUUGCUGUUGAAAUAUGGCUGUGCUCAUCAACCUGAAAAAACUCCACAUGUCUUGAUAUCCUCUCAUGGAAAACCUUCAGGGGCUCCUGGAUCAUUGACAUUUGGAAGCAGGCCCAGUUCAUCAAUGUCCUUUAGUUCAAGCGUGUUGGCAUAUACAGGAACGGCUAAGAUUUUCAGCCUAAAUGAUAUAGAGAGAGCCACAAAUAAUUUUGAUGCUUCAAGAAUACUUGGGGAAGGUGGUUUUGGACUUGUCUAUAGUGGCAUUCUUGAUGAUGGAAGGAAGGUGGCCGUGAAGGUUCUCAAGAGAGAUGACCAACAGGGAACCCGCGAGUUUUUGGCAGAGGUUGAGAUGCUUAGUCGUCUGCACCAUAGAAAUUUAGUCAAAUUAAUCGGCAUCUGCACAGAGGGCCACACUCGCUGCUUGAUUUAUGAACUAGUUCCAAAUGGAAGUGUUGAAUCCCAUUUACAUGGAAUUGACAAGGAAGCUUCCCCUCUUGAUUGGGGUGCUCGAAUGAAGAUUGCCCUUGGUGCAGCUCGGGGUUUAGCUUAUCUGCAUGAAGACUCAAGCCCUCGUGUUAUACACCGAGACUUCAAAUCCAGUAACAUUUUGUUAGAACAUGAUUUUACACCCAAAGUUUCGGAUUUUGGAUUGGCUAGAACAGCACUGGAUGAGGGAAACAAACACAUCUCAACACAUGUUAUGGGAACUUUUGGUUACUUAGCUCCAGAAUAUGCAAUGACGGGUCAUCUUCUCGUGAAAAGUGAUGUUUACAGCUACGGUGUAGUCCUCCUUGAGCUCCUAACGGGAAGAAAGCCCGUGGACUUGUCACAGCCACCAGGUCAAGAAAAUCUUGUUGCUUGGGCUCGUCCGCUACUCACAACCAAGGAGGGCUUAGAAACAAUCAUUGACCCUGCUCUGAAGCCACAUAUCCCAUUUGAUAGUGCGGCCAAAGUAGCAGCAAUCGCGUCAAUGUGUGUACAACCAGAAGUAUCUCACCGUCCUUUCAUGGGCGAAGUAGUUCAGGCAUUGAAGCUUGUCUGCAAUGACUUUGAGGAGACAAAAGAAGAGCCUAUAUCAAGAACUUGUAGCCAAGAUGACCUUUCUAUCGAUGUGGACACUAAGAUGUGUCGAGUUUCAGGUGAGCUUAUGGAAGCUUCAGGGACCCAUUACCUGUUACCUGUCUAUGAUUCUAUCUUUGACUCGAAGAUAGCAUUAUCAGCUACAGAUUUGCCAAGUGCAUCGGCUAGGAUUGAGGGAGAUGAAUUUGGGUCUUUUAGGAGGCACUCGAACUCUGCUCCCCUGAGAAUGGGGAGAGGAAGGCCGUUCUGGCAAAGAUUAAGAGGGUUGUCCAGAGGCAGCAUGAGCGAGCGUGGAUUUUCAUUAAAAUUUUGGCCAGGAUCUCGUUAAGCCUUGACAAUGCAUGCCAUUUGAAAGAAGCCCUUCAAUUGAAUUCAGAGUUGCACGUUGAUAGAUGAGAAAGAAAUUUAUUUUCACUGCGCAGGCAUGUGAAUUGAAGUCACCUGUUGUGAUUAGAGGUUUUUCAGUAGGAGACCAUCAAUAUAGUGAAGUGUUCAAAAAUCAAGGUAUCAUCUAGACUACUUUAUGAUACUUCAAUGAAUGUCAUGAGUUUAUGUGUGGUCUGUUUUUUGUACAGAACAAUACCCAUGUUGGGUUCAGUUAUUGUUCAAUGUCUUGUUGACAUUGUUUAUUUGUAAAAUUGAAAAAAGAAAAAAAUUGAAAAUCUUUGUGAAACUUAAUCAUAUUUAUGUAGUGAGAAUGUAUAUGAAGCACCUGUACUUGAGAUUUAAGAUAUAGUACAUGAUCAUAACAUGAGUGAACCUUA